AUCCCCGGCGGCCAAUGAGGAGAAACUGCGCAGGACUGUGGCGCUUCGGCGGUUGAAAGUCCGUUGGCCGCGGCCUCCCCCCCCUCGACCCCCGCUUUGAACCCGCCGCCCGCCCCGCGCGCCCCCUCCGCGGGCCCCCCGGCGCGGCCAUGAGCGGGGCCUGCGGCGACGGCGAGCGCGCCGCCGCCUCCUCCUCCGCCGCCGCCGCCUCGCCGGCCUCCAAGCAGCGGCGCCUCGAGGCGGCCUGCCAGGCGCAGAAGGAGAGCGAGGCGGCCCAGGCGCUGGCCGACAUGACGGCCUGGGGCGGCGGCGGCGCGGGCCGGCAGGGGGCGCCGCCGGAGGGCAGCCGGGAGACGGGCCCCGCCGGGAAGGCCUCGCCCGCGCGGCGCCACUCGCGGGCCGACGGGGAGGAGCGGCGGCGCGGCCAGGACGCCAGGGGCGGCCCGGACAGCGCCGAGGCGGCGGCCGGGGACGGGCGGGAGGGCCGGCGGCGGCGGAAGGAGGCCAAGGAGCGGCGGCGGGCGGCCGAGGCGGCGGCCGAGGCGGCGGCGGCGGAGGACGAGUGCGCCAUCAUCUCGGUGGGCGAGGACGACGAGGAGGAGGAGGAGGGCGCGGGGCCGCCCCUGAAGACGGAGCAGUACCUGGAGGCGCUGGAGGCCGUGCAGCUGGAGCUGGAGGCCGUCAACCAGCAGGCCGGGCGCGCCUUCGCCCAGCUCAAGGCCAAGUUCGGCCACAUGCGGCGCCCCCACCUCGAGCGCCGCAACCGCAUCAUCCAGAACAUCCCGGGCUUCUGGGUCACCGCCUUUCUCAAUCACCCUCAGCUUUCAGCCAUGAUCAAUGACCGGGACGAAGAUACACUGAGCUAUAUGACAAACCUGCAGGUUGAGGAUUUCACCCAUGCAAAAUCAGGCUGCAAGAUCAAGUUCUACUUCAGUGGCAACCCCUAUUUCCAGAACGAGGUCAUCGUGAAGGAGUUCCAGUGUGGCUCUUCUGGGCGGAUGGUGUCCCACUCUACACCCAUCCGCUGGUGGCGCGGCCUAGAUCCUCUCGCUCAUGGUCGGAAGAACUUCGAGAUGAGCCGCAGCUUCUUCAGUUGGUUCUGCGACCACAGCUUCCCAGCAGGAGACCGUAUUGCUGAGAUCAUUAAAGAGGAUCUCUGGCCCAAUCCACUGCAAUACUACCUAAUGGGAGAGGGUGGUGAAAAUGGUGAGGAAGACAGUGAGACAGAGAAUGGUGAUGAUUUUGUGGUCAUUGUGGAUGAUGAUGGGGAAGAGGAGGAGGAGGCAGAGGAGGAGGAGGCAGAAGAGGAGGAGGAGGAGGCCGCAGAUGUGCAUGAGAUCAUGGAUGAGGAGGAGACUGAGCAUGGUGAAGCGGCGGAAGAGAUCCUGAGCAGCCAAGAAGAGAAGGUUCUUGGUCCCAAGUCUUCUGUCCGUGAGGAACCAGAUGGGAGGGACUCGGAGGCAGAAGAAGAUGGCUAGACCAGUCUGUACAGAUGGCGUGUCUGGCUGGACUUUUCCAUGGUGACUUCCGUGGCACUUUGACCAAUUGCACUUGGACGUGGCAGGAGAGGGGGGCAAUUCAGAGGCACCUUCCCGCUGGGGAGCAGCCAUGUUGGUUGCUUUAUACCUUUUAUUUAUUGCAGCGACUGCAGUUUCCCUCCCUCCCUCGUGGGGGAGUCACCACACACCAGCAGCCCCUCCCUCCUUGUGCGUCCGAUGCUUCGCAUCUCUUCUCACCUACCUGUGUUGGGGCUACUUGCAUCCUCGCCCCCUCCCCUAGUGGCUACUCAGGGUAAUGCCUGCCCAGUGGCCUUUUCAAAACAGCUCAGGGUUCCCUUGUUCGGCAUUAUUAAGCUGUCGAUUUCCGCGCCUUUGAUGCACUUCCAGCUACAAGGAUUCUGCUUGCCUAGUGGACCCUUCCCUGGCGGCUGUUGAGCACUUCUUGCAGUCACCGCAUUGCCCCACUCCUGUUCUUUCUCCAUCACAUGAUGAUGAUCUACCCUCUGGGGAUGCCUUCACAGCCAGCACUUGAUUCAGAUAGCGAACUCUCACCUGCUGGCUUGCUUGAAGCUGGUUGCACAGGAGUAGCUGUGCCUGAAGGAAUGAGGUGUGGGGAAGGAGUGAGGGGCCCCACACUUGGGCUCAAGUGCUUUCUCUGAUGCUGCAGUGCAUUGUGGUCUGGAGGAGCGUGACCUCUGCAGCAGCAUGGCCCUGGCAGUGUAUGCCGUUUUCCCCUGCCAGCUUCUAACGUAUGAACGCGUACAUUUUCCUAGCAGUGUUUCUGAAGCGCCAGCUCACCCCCUGCCCCUUCUCUCCUGCACCCGUAGAGGCUGUUCUAUGCAAUGCUACUGAUAUUUGUAGAAAGGCAACUGUUUUCCUUUGCUGGGUUUUGUAUAUUUCGUAUCAGGACUUUGUAUGGUUUUUUUUUUUUCUACAUAAAAGAGCACUUAAUAUGCCAA